UUUAGAGAUUGAUUUGGUACAAAAGUAAAAAGAUAUAAUAAGCUACGGUAAUAAGUUACGAGUAACAAACAAACAACACCAAUAAGUUUUUUAUUUUAUUUUAGUACUUGAUACUUGUCAUGUCUUUGCAAGUAAUUGAGAUAAACGACUUGAUCAAGACGAGUACUUGAAUUUAAGAAACAAGCACAAAUCAAGUAGCAAAUACAAGCCGAGUAGCAAGUAAUUGUGCACACACAUCGGUGGAAGAUGGAGGGGUGAAACCUGCAGCGGGUACAUGGUGGCUCUCCAUAUCCCAGUGCUGGCGAUGGUGUAAAGGGCGGAGCCGGCGGUGUAGUUUCACGCCAUUAGAAAUUAGGUUUGCUGUUCUGGUUGCAGUGUGGUCACCAAUGUCUGACUUUUCAGUACAGGCUCAUUCCGUCAUUUUGGCUAAGGAGCAGACACUUGAUCCCAGAAGUGAUGGUCUUUCACCAGUGUUGCGCCGCAAGGUGAGGAUGCAUUGACUGGAUUUGUCAAUCCAAACAUUUGGAGCCCAAUGCAAUGGCUGUUCGAGGAACUGGUCUUACAAUCCGUCACUCUCGGGCUCUCAAUGCUGCGAUCUUGUUUGGUCUAAUUAGGAGGUUAAGAGGUUGCUUUUCUUCAGUCGUAAGGAAACUAUGAUUUCAGUGGGGUGGAAUUACAUCUGAGUUUCAUGUUGGGUAGCGUACGAUCCAAAUGUGUGAUUCUAGGUGAUACUAGAUUAUUCAGUUUAUAAUUGUGGUUGAAUUACUUGAGUGGUGAAAAUCAUGCAUUCCCUUGUUGGCUCAUGAAAAGUUGAAACUGAGAUAAAAAAAAAAAAAAUUAGAUUAACAGAUUGCUCUAAGAAAAUAAUACGUUACAGAGAUGUUUGUCUUCCUUCCGUUCUAAUUUUCCCAAAUGAACCACCUUCCGUUUACAUCAUAGCGUAAUGUUGCUGCCCGCCCAGUCUUGCAACUUCUGACAAGAGCAGUUAUCACUUCCUAUAAGCUUUGUCCAAGUUUAAUACGUUUAUGGAAUUCGUAACAAAAUAAUAAGAGAGAUUCGUACUAUUAGCUGAGUCAUUUACUAAAAAUGGCAAUGGACUUGAAGCUUAUAGCAGCAAGGUUACGCCAUUGCGGGAAGCUGCAAGCUUUUAAGCGUGGGGAAUAUAUUCAAGCUCAGCUAAUUAAACAAGGUAUCUCCAAUAACGUUUUCCUUGCAAACAACCUGAUCUCGAUGCAUCUGGAAUGUAAGUCGUUCGUUGAUGCACAUAAAGUGUUCGAUGAAAUGACUGAGAGAAACAUCGUCACUUGGACGACGAUGGUCUCUGGGUAUACAAGCGAUGGCAAACCAAACAAGGCUAUCGAACUAUACAGAAGCAUGUUAGAUUCGGAAUCAGAAGCUCCCAACGAGUUUUUGUUUUCUGCAGUUUUGAAAGCUUGUGGGUUAGUGGGUGAUCUUCAGCUGGGCCGUUUGAUCCACGAAAGAAUUGGUGAAGAGAACAUGAAAGGUGAUGUUGUUUUGAUGAAUGGUGUUUUGGAUAUGUAUGUUAAGAACAGGAGACUUAGGGAAGCUAAUAAAGCUUUUUCUGAGAUUUCACAGCCUAAUUUAACUUCGUGGAACACUCUCCUUUCUGGUUACUGUAAAGAAGGUUUGGUUGACGAAGCGGUUCGUUUGUUUCAUCGGAUUCCGCAGCCAAAUGCUGUGUCUUGGAACUGUUUAAUCUCUGGGUUUGUCGAUAAAGGUAGUCCUCGUGCGUUGGAGUUUCUAGUUAUGAUGCACAGAGAAGGACUCAAGCUAGAUGGUUUUGCUUUACCAUGUGGUCUUAAAGCUUGCAGCUUUGGUGGCUUAUUAACAAUGGGGAAACAGCUGCAUUGUUGUGUCCUAAAGUCGGGUUUGCAGUCUAGCUCCUUCGUACGCUCUGCCCUUAUCGAUAUGUACUCGAACUGCUGUUCUCUAAGUGAUGCAGUUGAUCUAUUUCGUCAGGCAAAACUUCAUAAUACUGUUGCUGUUUCGAACUCUAUGCUCUCUGGAUUUUUGAUUAACGACGAGAAUGAAGCGGCGUUAAGGAUGCUUUUGCAGAUGUAUCAAUCAGGGUUGAGUUUUGAUUCCUACACUCUAAGUGGUGCGUUAAAGAUAUGCACCAACCUAAUCAACUUGAGACUCGGGCUUCAGGUGCAUGGUUUAGUUGUAAUCAGUGGUUAUGAGUUGGAUUACAUAGUAGGAAGCAUUCUUGUUGAUCUACACGCAAACGUAGGGAAUGUCCAAGAUGCGCAUAGACUGUUUCAUAGGCUUUCAAAUAAAGAUAUCAUUGCUUUCUCUGGCCUGAUAAGAGGCUGUGUGAAAGCAGGUUUCUACUCUUUAGCGUUUGAUCUGUUUGGAGAGUUAAUCAAACUGGGACUCGAUGCUGACCAGUUCGUCAUCUCGAGUAUUCUCAAAGCCUGUUCAAGUUUAGCGUCUCUUGGAUGGGGAAAACAGGUUCAUGGGCUGUGUGUAAAGAAAGGUUACGAGUCAGAACCAGUCACAGCGACAGGACUAAUAGAUAUGUAUGUGAAAUGUGGCGAGAUAGACAAUGGUGUUGUGUUGUUUGACGGUAUGUUGGAAAGAGAUGUCGUGUCUUGGACAGGGAUAAUUGUUGGUUGCGGACAAAACGGACGAGCCAAAGAAGCGAUUCGGUAUUUCCGCGAGAUGAUUGAUUCUGGAGUUGAACCAAAUGAGGUAACUUUUUACGGGGUUGUCUCUGCUUGUCGACAUUCUGGGAUGCUUGAAGAAGCGAGAUUCAUACUCGAAUCGAUGAGAUCUGAGUAUGGUCUUGAACCGUGCGUAGAGCAUUAUUAUUGCGUGGUUGAUCUUCUUGGUCAAGCGGGGAGGUUCCAAGAGGCAGAGGAGAUCAUAAAGGGAAUGCCGUUUGAGCCGGAUAAAACGAUAUGGAUGUCUCUGCUCACUGCUUGUGGAACUCACAAGAAUGCUGAACUGGUCACUGUAAUAGCUGAGAAACUGCUUAAUAGUUUUUCAGAAGAUCCGUCGGUUUAUACAUGUAUUUCGAACGUUUAUGCAGCUAUGGGAAUGUGGGAUCGGUUAGGUGAAGUGAGAGAAGCUGCUAAGAAGUUAGGGACAAAAGAAUCUGGCUUGAGCUGGAUUGAUAUUGCCUGAAGCAAUGUGUGAAUUGAUGUUUCAUUUAUUAUCCACAGGGAGCUUCAUCUUAUGUACGUGUAUGUGUUUGGACAUGAUAAUGACAAUUGAAAAUACC